CACAGCCAAGUACAGCGUGGUGACAUUUCUACCUCGAUUCCUGUAUGAGCAGAUCAGAAAAGCUGCAAAUGCAUUCUUCCUCUUCAUUGCCUUACUGCAGCAAAUUCCAGAUGUCUCUCCAACAGGAAGAUAUACCACCUUGGUGCCAUUGCUAUUUAUUCUAACAGUUGCUGGCAUCAAAGAAAUCAUAGAAGACUAUAAAAGGCAUAAGGCAGACAGUGCAGUGAAUAAAAAGAAAACAAUAGUUCUUAGAAAUGGGAUGUGGCAGAACAUUAUGUGGAAAGAGGUAGCAGUAGGCGAUAUUGUGAAGGUCACCAAUGGGCAACAUCUUCCAGCAGACAUGAUCAUUAUAUCUUCCAGUGAACCACAAGCCAUGUGCUAUAUUGAAACAGCUAAUCUUGAUGGGGAGACGAAUCUUAAAAUACGACAGGGAUUGUCUCAAACUGCUAGUCUCCAGUCAAGAGAAGAAUUGAUGAAAGCAUCUGGAAGGAUAGAGUGUGAAGGACCCAACCGUCAUCUUUACGACUUCACUGGGAACUUGCGCUUAGAUGGUCAAAGCCCAGUUCCUGUUGGUCCAGACCAGAUCUUGCUAAGAGGUGCACAGCUGAGAAACACUCAAUGGGUCUUGGGUAUUGUUGUGUAUACAGGACAUGAUACAAAACUCAUGCAGAAUUCGACCAAAGCACCUCUGAAGAGAUCAAAUGUGGAGAAAGUGACGAACAUGCAGAUCCUGGUUUUGUUCUGUAUUCUCCUGGUAAUGGCCCUUGUGAGUUCUGUAGGUGCCUUAUUGUGGAACAGAACACACGGCGAAGUCGUCUGGUACCUUGGCUCCAACAAAAUGCUGUCUGUCAACUUUGGAUACAAUCUGCUGACAUUUAUAAUCUUGUACAACAACCUUAUUCCAAUCAGUCUUCUGGUGACAUUGGAAGUUGUCAAGUUUACUCAGGCUCUUUUUAUAAAUUGGGACAUAGAUAUGUAUUAUCCUGAAACAGAUACACCUGCAAUGGCCAGAACCUCAAACCUUAAUGAGGAACUUGGGCAGGUAAAAUACCUGUUUUCUGAUAAAACAGGUACUCUAACAUGCAAUAUCAUGAACUUUAAGAAAUGCAGUAUUGCUGGAGUGACAUAUGGUCACUUUCCUGAGCUGGAAAGGGAACGUUCAUCAGAAGACUUCAG